AUGACCUCCACCGUUACUGCAUGCCAAGAUGCCUCUCCAUACCAGCCACGGAAUUAUCAGCUUGAGAUGCUGGAGGCUAGCAUGAAAGAGAAUAUUAUUGUGGCAAUGGAUACAGGGAGCGGCAAAACGCAUAUAGCAGUACUACGAAUCAAAGCAGAGCUGGAUAUUUGCCCUCCGGACAAGCUCGUCUGGUUCUUGGCCCCGACGGUCGCCCUGUGUAUACAACAGCAUGAAGUGAUCGCGUCCAAUUUACCAGCAGCGAGAACGCGGACACUCACUGGGCUCGACAAAGUCGAAUUAUGGACCGAGCAGUCCAUCUGGGACGCCGUCCUGAAUGGUUACCGAGUCAUCGUAUCGACGCACGCGGUCCUUGCGGAUGCCCUUAGCCACGGCUUCGUGAAAAUGUCUCGGUUGGCUCUGCUCAUCUUCGAUGAAGCGCACCACUGCACGCGAAGGCAUGCCGCAAACAAGAUCAUGCGGGACUUCUAUCAUCCGACUUUAACGAAAUCUGGCCCCGUUGCUGUCCCUCGUAUUAUGGGCCUAACAGCCAGUCCGGUGGUCAGAUCCAAUCACCAGGAGCUCCUGACGGUCGAAUCCAACCUUGAUGCGGUAUGCAGAACACCACGCGUGCACCGACAAGAACUCCUAAAGUUCACCCAUAGACCGCACUUGCAGCAGAUUUGGUACUCGCCAACUGAUCCUACGGGAAAAAGUCCCCUUGACGAGAAAGCUCUGCAAAAAGCGCUCUUGACGGGCAAAACGUAUUGUCGGGAGCAGUUGAGAAGGUUCGUCGAUCGAAGUCGCCAUAUCUUCGAGGAACUCGGAGAAUGGGCUGCCGAGUACUACAUCUACGCGUCCAUCAAGCAGCUCAGAGAUCGCGUCCGCGACUCGUAUAUGAGCGGCGACUGGGACGAAGCCGAGAAAGCGUACUUAGUAGACUUCCUCUCGAAAAUCCCUGCUUCGGAGAUUCAGCUUGCGUUGAACGAUCCGGAUAGUUUUCGCAUCUCCCCGAAGUUUGAAUCUCUCCUCAACUUCCUGGACUCAUUGGAUGAGCCGGAGUUCUCGGGGCUGAUCUUUGUCAAACAGAGGGCAACAGUCAGCGCAAUGACUAGCCUUCUUUCAGUGCAUCCUUCCACGCGCGAACGGUUCAGAUGUGCUGCCUACGUUGGCUGGUCCAACGGUAGUGCCGGCAAGGACGUUCUCGGCGAUCUGCUGGACAUGCAGUUACAGCGCGAUACACUGGACGAUUUCCGCAGCGGCCGCAAGAACCUCAUCAUAGCCACAGACGUUCUCGAAGAAGGUAUUGACAUUAGUGCCUGUAGCGUCGUCGUGUGCUAUGACAAACCACCCAACCUCAAGUCCUUCGUCCAGCGCCGUGGACGGGCGAGGCGGAAGCAGUCGACCUUUGCGAUCAUGUUCCCAACUGACGGUGCGUCUGCUGAUGUUUCCAAGUGGCAAGAUCUCGAACAGGCCAUGAUAGAGGCCUAUCAGGAUGACGAGCGACAGCUGCAAAGCGCCUCUGCAUUGGAGAGUCUGGAUGAGGAAGUUAUGGAGCGACUUACAGUUGAGUCUACGAGCGCCGUCCUCACAGCUGACAUGGCCAUGGCACACCUGCACCACUUCUGCGCCGUAUUGCCUUCUCAGCCUUACGUGGACAUGCGGCCCGUGUUCUCGUUCGAAACGAACGAGGAUGGGCUUCUAAAGGGGACGGUAAUCCUGCCCAGUUGCGUGCACCCGAAGGUCCGGCGCACUGAGGGUAGAAGAUGGUGGCACACAGAGAGAGCAGCGAUGAAAGAGACUGCCUUCCAGGCAUAUAAAGCUCUGUACGAGUUUGGCCUCAUCAACGACCACCUUCUGCCGUUGACGAAAAAGCCAGAACUAAAGUCGCAUGACUUGGGAGCUAUGCCCUCGAUAUUGGAGACGCCAGAACAAUAUGAUCCAUGGAUUGAAUGGGCCUACUCAUGGUCGUCGCCCGAUAUCCAUCAAAGUCGGAUCGUUGUGGGAAUGAAUGAAGGGCGAGGCGAUGAGCUGUGUAUGCGGUUGAUGGGACCUACGUCCUUGCCGCCCCUCGCGCCGAUGACUCUGUUUUGGAACGAUUCGACCACAUUUACUGUGACCUUUGAAGCAGCAGAGCGGGUACCACUCGUGCCCUUGAGCAGUGUCGAAGACAUGAGGGCGAUCACAGCACUGUAUCUCGAGGCCACCAGCUCUCGGCUAUGCAACUCCGAGCGAGAUUUCACGGCGCUGUUCGCGCCCGAUCUGCAUCAUACAGAGCUGAAGGGGUGGCUGAAUGCAUAUGAUGGAUGUGACCCGGCCAUGGAAGUCUACUCGCGUGGCCACAACCCACUGCUCAUGGGCGUGGUUCGGGAUCAUUCGCGUUACGGAGAACCAUUUUUGUUCCGGAAAUGGCUUGUCUCCGACCAGAACCCGUCAUCUCCGGUCGUUGAGUUGGAAUGUGCACCCUUUCCGCGUAGACGCAAUCUUCUGCAUCGGCAGACGCUGGCUAAUAGCCAGGUGGAUGUCGAUGAAGAAACCCCCGAGUCUGCAGCCAAGAGCUGCAUUGUCGCUGCGGAUUCGUGCACCAUCGAUAGGCUUCCAUUCACAAUGGCUAUAUUCGGCCUGUUCAUGUCCGCCAUUGUAGAGCGAUUGGAGAUUGAACUGAUCGCAACCAGACUCAGAGAAACGAUCCUCAGAGAUGUCGGUUUCACGAGCACUGAACACAUCAUUACCGCAAUCAGUACCCCUCACGCUCACGCAUUGACCAAUUACCAGCGGUACGAGUUCCUAGGCGACUCGAUCCUCAAAUUCUCUGUUUCCUGCCAGUUGUUCUUUAAGCACCCGAACUGGCACGAAGGGUAUCUAUCCGAGGCGCGGGCCAUGAUCGUGCAGAAUCCUCGCCUUGCCAAAGCCGCGCUGGACACCGGCCUGGACGCCUACAUCGUCACCAAGAAGUUUGCGUCGCGAAAAUGGUCCGCUCCGCUGAUCUCGGAAAAGCUGGAGCGUGUGCCGGCCAAGCGCCAGAUGUCGACGAAAGUGCUGGCGGACGUGGUAGAGGCGCUGAUCGGAGCCGCAUACAUGGACGGCGGCCACGCAACCGCACAGGCAUGCAUCCGCCGACUCUUGCCCGAGAUUAACCUCCACGCGGUGGACACUCGAACCGCAACCCGGAGUGUGGCUCCCGAAAGCGCCCGGCAUAUGAUGAACGAUCGACUGAAAGACCACAUCGGCUACACAUUCGAGGACGAGUCCCUCCUCGUCGAGGCCCUCACCCACCCCUCCUGCGACUACGACUCGACAACCCAGUCCUACCAGCGCCUCGAAUACCUCGGCGACGCAGUCCUCGACAUGGUCAUCGUCUCCGCGAUCUUCAACCACCCCAUCCAACGCCCGCAAGGCGACAUGACCAAGAUCAAGCACGCCGUAGUGAACGCGAACCUCCUCGCCUUCCUCUGCAUGGAGUUCGCCAUCUCCGAAGAGAAACUCGACGUCGCACAGACAUCCAAGGACUCUUUCGCCGUGACUUCCUCCCAGGAAUCCGUCGAGCUCUGGCGCUUUAUGCGCUACCGCGGUCAAGACCUCAACACGGCCCGCAACGCCUCGCUCGCCCGCCACCGCGCCCUCCGAGACGAGAUCGCGUCGUCCCUGCAGCAUGCCCCGCAUUACCCCUGGCACGCUCUCUCCCGGCUCAGCCCGGACAAGUUCUUCUCGGAUAUCGUCGAGAGCGUCCUCGGCGCCAUUUUUGUCGACUCAGGGGGCGACCUUGCGCCCUGUGAUGUCUUCGUCGAGCGGAUCGGGCUGAUGGCCUACCUGCGUCGGAUACUGGACCAUGGGAUUGACGUUAGGCACCCGAGGAGCGUGGCGCAGCAGUUAGCUAGGACGAAUAUCCAGUUUGUGUCGCAGCGGGUUCCGAACGAGGAGGGAGGUGCGAGCUAUCAGUGCUCGGUUCGGAUUGAGGAGGCGGAGCUGUUUGUUGUGACGGGGUGCUUGACGGCUGAAGAGGCGGAGGUGACCGCUGCGGUUGAGGCGAUUAAAUUCCUGACACGGGAUGAUGGUUCUACACCAUUAAACACGAGCUGAAAGUACCAGUACUCCGUGUUUCUGCGGAGAUUCUGACAUGUAUACACCAUAAUGAGUGAAUGCCAUUUGACGAUGUG